AUGGGUAAACCAGAAGUUCCUCCUGCAUACACAAAUAGACCUUACAACGAAUGGAGCUAUGAUCACCCCCCGCCAAUAGUAGGAGAUGAGCCGGUAUAUUUUGAAAGUGCUGCUCCUCGAGGUUGGUCAGUUACAAUAAAUAACCGGUUUUGGACUGAUGGAUUUAGAAUCUUUGUCAGUAAGGAUUCAGCAGAGAAAUUCAAAGCUUUCAAAAACAAUCCCAAUAUGCACAUUAUAGAUCUACAACGUCAAGGAAUUGGGAUUCCAUUGUUCAAAGCCAUUGACCCCUUGAAUCCGGUGACUACAAAGUUUUUGACCUUUAGAAAAUAUGUUCCUAAUCAAACGGGUAGAUUCGAUAUUGAUAAAGAUUUCCACGUGUACUGUCAAGUCAGGAAGAAAUAUCAUAUAGGGUAUAAUAGUUAUGUUUUUGAUUUCACACCAGAUCCCAAUUCGUCUAAGGCCAAUUUUCAAAUCGUCAUGUUUUCUCAUUCCACUUUACCAAUCAGUGAUUAUGUAUACAAGGGCGAGGUGCAUAGAUGGAUUGAUGAGAGUUUCCGAAGAAAAUUUAAGUCUUACUUUCAAGUGAAAUUUGGGUUCAAGCAUUCGAUACUACGAUCAGGACAACCUUCAUUAGUUGAUAGUUGGGAUGGACGUACAGACAAGUUGGAUAAAAAUAAACCAAACCCUUAUUUGAAGUCGCUUUUCAAAAUGAAACUUAGUCCUAGUGCAAGAUUGCCUAAGCCGGAAUAUUAUGGGGAGCGUUGCACAGCUAUUCUAGGUGAAGCAGAAUCAUAUUUCCAUCUAGGAUACGGAGAGGUUCGAAUAGAUGAUUUGUAUAAUCCCGACCCCGAUGUCGACUACGAAAGUGUACUUUCAAUGCAUGACGAUGCGUUGGUACUUGUUUGUGUUGCUACCGUACUAAAGAGACAAAAGGAUAUCGAGGAGGAUGCGCGAAAUAGAUCCCAAUGA